GCAGUCUGGUGGAGACAGCGUCUGAACAGUACCGUUACAUUCACCGUUAAACCGGCUGGUUCUCUUCAGAAGAACCGGAGACUCGGAACAUGUUUCUCAGCUGUCUGCCUGUCGUGUUUCUGCUGGCAUCUGUCGCCAGAGGAAACAUCACCACUACUGGAGAAUCAAUCACAGCUGUAACAGCAAGCUCAAAUUCAAGCAGCGACAACGGGACCAGCAGUCUUACAACUUCAGAACCAAUCACUUUAGAGCGCUUCACAUCUUCACCUACAACUAAAGAAAAUGGCACCACAGGAUCUUCAACCGUGGAACCAUCAACCACCCAUGUAGAUUCAAGCACCGAAUCCAGGAUGACUACAGGAACAGUCAACAGCACCGUAACUGACAACAGUAACUUCACCACUGACAGUCCGACUAACUCUCCAUCAGCUCCAUACAAUGCUACAGUGUUGUCCACUACAAGCCCAGUGACAAGCCAUCCCACCAACGCUAGUGAGACUACAAAUACAACCACCACAUCUGCUUCAGAUCAAACAAUGACCAGCAAUCAUACAUCAGCUACAAGUACGCCAAUCACACACACCAAUGACAUAACUAUGACCACACCAGAAACGCACACAAGCAACGGCACUACAACUAUGACUACACCAAUCACCCUUACCCUGACUACACCAUUCACAGACGCAAACAAUGGCACAAAUAUGACUACACCAAUCACACACACAAGUAACAGCACAACAAUGACUACACCAAUCACAGGCACAAACAAUGGCACAAACAUGACUACACCAAUCAUAAACACAAGUAACAGCACAACUAUGACUACACCAAUCACAGGCACAAGUAACAGCACAACUAUGACUACAGCAAUCACAGGCACAAACAAUGGCACAAACAUGACUACACCAAUCAUAAACACAAGUAACAGCACAACUAUGACUACACCAAUCAUAAACACAAGUAACAGCACAACUAUGACUACACCAAUCAUACAAACAAGUAACAGCACAACUAUGACUACGCCAAUCAUAAACACAAGUAACAGCACAACUAUGACUACACCAAUCAUACAAACAAGUAACAGCACAGCUAUGACUACACCAAUCAUAGGCACAAACAAUGGCACAACUAUGACUACACCAAUCACAGACGCAAACAAUGGCACAGCUAUGACUACACCAAUCACAGACACAAACAAUGGUACAGCUAUGACUACACCAGUCACAGACGCAAACAAUGGCACAACUAUGACUACACCAAUCACAGACACAAACAAUGGCACAACUAUGACUACACCAAUCACAGACACAAACAAUGGCACAGCUAUGACUACACCAAUCACUGACGCAAACAAUGGCACAGCUAUGACUACACCAAUCACAGACGCAAACAAUGGCACAACUAUGACUACACCAAUCACAGACACAAACAAUGGCACAGCUAUGACUACACCAAUCACUGACGCAAACAAUGGCACAGCUAUGACUACACCAAUCACAGACACAAACAAUGGCACAGCUAUGACUACACCAAUCAUAGACACAAACAAUGGCACAGCUAUGACUACACCAAUCACACACACCAGCAACGACACAACAAUGACUACAUCGAUGAUACACACAAAUGGUACGACUAUGACCACACCGAUCACCCACACAAGCAACGGCACAACUAUGACUACACCAAUGACACACACCUCUAACAGCAUAACUACAACUGCACUGGCUACACAAACAAGCAACAACACAACUGCAAUUAUAGCCACGACACAGCUGAGCAACAUCACAACAGCUCCAGCUCCAGCAACCACACAAACCAGCAACAGCACAACUGCAAGUCCAGUAACUCAAGAAACGUCUACAGCUACACUAACUACAGCUACACCCGCAAAUUCUACUAACACCUCUCUUGCGACUCCCGUACCCACUACCACAACCUCGUCCUCUACCAUCAGCACAAACACAACACUGACAGCUGGACCCCCACUCUCUUCACCUACUUCUAUCUCCACCUCCAGUUCUGUCCCUCCAAACACCUCCCCAGGCAGUAGCACCGCACUCCCUACUGGAAAUACCACCACCCUUAGUCCCUCAACAACAACCCUUGGAGUGACCAGCCCCACUACACAAAUCACCACUUUGACUCAUUCAACCGAACCAGUCAGUAGCACUACAACAGCCUCACUCACCACCACCCUGCAACCAACAGAGGUCACCACCAGCAACUCCACCACAGAAGCCCCACCCAUAACUACUCUGAGCCCAGUCAUCGUGUGUCCGUCUGUCCCAUGCCCACUUGAAAGCGUCUGUCUUAAUGGCACUUGCCAGUGUCUGUCUGGUAGCUACCUGCUAAAAGACAGCUGCGUACCUGCCCAAGUGUUCCCAGGUGAGCUCCAUUUCACGUCCUUGACAUUUCAAACUCAAAUGAGCGACAGGUCCUCGGAAAUAUUCCAAAAGACGGCGGCUAACAUCUCAACAGCGCUUAGAGAUGCCCUCAACAAUCAGCCGGGGUAUAUACGAUCUGAUGUUGUUGAACUUCAACCAGGAAGUGUGAGAGCAAGUGUGAACAACAUCUUUGAUAGCUCCAACGCCACUCAACAAUCUGUCGAUCAGGCCAUUAGUGAGGCUAUAUCCAAUGGAAUUUUGACCAAUGUUACAUUCACAAGUACAGAUCUGUGCAAGCAGCAGCCAUUACCUUGUGAGGUCUCCAGUACAACUUGCAAAAACACAAACGGCAAGGCUGUUUGUUUCUGUAAAGAGGGCUACAUCUCCAUGGUGUACUCAAACACCAGCUGCAGAGCUUGUCCAAGUGGCCAGAGGGCAGUGGGCGACACAUGCCAACCAUGUUCAUUUGGAUACGCUGGAUUCAACUGCAGUGACUCGGCUCUGCUGGCAGUGGUGGUCAUCUCCUGUGUACUAGGAGGAAUUCUUCUCAUCCUGAUCCUGGCUUUGCUCAUAUACCUCUGCUGCACGAGAUGCUCAAAGAGUAAGCCAGACUACGACAGCAGUCCAUACUCAUCAGGUGACUUAAACCAACCCUGGCCCGCAGGCAUCACUCCCAUCCCUCGUGCCUCCACUAACUGGGAUGCAGCUCAUUCCAUAGAGAUGACAGAAGGCAGCAGCUCUGGAAACUUGGUGGAGAAAAAGCCUCAAACCAAUGGAUUGGGUUUUCAGCCGAAAAAGAAAGGAUGGAAAAAGACGGGAUCGUACGAUCUCAACCCAGAUGGAAUGAAGACCUUCAAAGGUAAAGCUCCAUCCCGUUACUCCUACCUGGUUCAAGGCCACGAAAACCCUUACUUCUUACCAGGAGAUGAGAAGAAAAACUGAAAAACAUGUAGUGAGUAUGAGUGAGAAACAACGGAUCACAAAGAAGUCACUGAUUUGAAACUGUGGGUCUACAGGCACAUUUCCUGAGCAGGACCAGCUUAUUUAUACAUUUUUGAACUGGCUCGGGUUGACGACAAAUCACAAAGAACAUUUCUUAACUGGGAAACAGCCAUCAAAGAGAUUCAUUAAUGAGCAACAACAUUUGAACAAUCUUUUUUUUUUUUUAACCGGGACUAUGUGCAUCAUGUCUGUUCUUGCUGUUUAUAACCAGUAGAUGUCGCUGUUGCCCAAUCUAAUCUAUAUAAAUCUUCAGGUUUUUUUUAAAGGUACAUUUGACUUUUUUAAUGCUUUAAAUCAUUUUGUAGUCUUUUAAAAUGAAGCUUCUUAUAUUGCUAAUUGCACUAAAGUGUGUGUUAAGUUUACCUCCAGUUUUCCUCUGAAAUCAGCGGUAAAUUGAAUGUGGGCUUUUUGGGGCUACUAGAUAUUUUCCUUAGGGGUAUGAUUAUUUUUAAGAAUAUCCAUCUUGAAUGACUAAAGGGGCUGGAUCCCUGGCUCGGGCUAUUUUUAAAGGGAUUUUUAUUGCAGCUGUCUAAAGCUCAGUACUUUCUGUAUAUGUUGAAGGUGCACUUGCAAAAUGUGCCUGUUUUAAUGGUCUGUUUGACAAAUAGUGUGUUAGACCUAUAGGUAGACGAAUAGGAAACAUUAUGCAAAGCUGGUGAUGAAGCCGGCCUCCUGGAUGUGCCAAUUAUCACUUGUAUACAUUUCUCCUGGAAACUCUUAUAUGUAUAUUUAUCCUUGUGUGUCUGAGACAGUGCACUAUUUUAUAAGUGUGUAAAGUUUUUGUAAAUAAGUGAAGCUCUGUUGGCAGAGAAUGUGUGUGUGUGUGUAUGCAAUGGAAAUAAAUUACAUAUAUAAUUUAAUAAAACAGACUUGUUCCUGUUGAAUGUAGUGAGUGUAACUACCUUAUGCAAGUACUUAAACAGCUUUAACACCCACUGAUUCAAACCGUUGUGCCUUUCUGAGUCUUUUACAGCCCAUUUGUGUGUAGAAUAGACGGAGGUACACUGAAUUCAUUUGACAUUUAUCGGCAUCUGAAGACUUUAAAGUGUCGAUAAUUCUAAGCCAGUCUAAAUAUCUGAAUUGAUC